UGACGUUUCACCCGAGGAACGCCGUGACAUUGAUAAAUGCCGCUAAGGUAUCGAGCUUCCUACAAGCAGCGCUUCAUGUUUUUUCGUCACUGUCGCUGGAGGUUCCGCGACUAUGUGUGCGGUUCAUAACGGGGAUUUUACCGUACGCCUUAAUAAUGUAUGGAGUUGAGUGUGAAGGAAUUUGAGGACCCGCUGAACCGAUGUAACGACCGAAAAAUAACAGCAGAUCACGUGACUGAUGGGCGUGGCCAAGGAGAUAAACAAGAGCACGCUGGCUAUUCGAACCAAUGAAAUGGGAGGGCGAAGGAAGAGUUCAUAUCUGGACCCUGGGACUCAACAUCUACCGAUAAUAUCCGAAGAUGCUAAUGACGUCAUUCCGGAAAUUGUGGAGCAGCCGUCUAGGAGGAUAUCGAAAAUUGACGAUUCUGACCUCAGUCAGGUCAAGGCGACAACAGCAAGGUUAAAUCUCAAAACCAGAAGGGCUAGCGUAGUUGCCUGGAAGGCUCAGUAUGUGGACAAACCCAGCCUCGCUUUCAUUUCCGUGGAAGCAACGGAAACCACCGACGACAGGCUCACACCCGAAAGAAAACAGAGAAUAAACCAAGCGUUAGAUUGGAUUAAAAAUGAACUGAUCGAGCUGAGGCGACAGGACCAGUCGCUGGCGAGACAGCUUCUGGGGAUCAGACGAGACAUCUCACAGCUCAAACUGAGCAGGAGCUGCGAGAAACACCAGGAUAUGCUGGACGAGGCGCAGUGGGAAAUGGAGGAAUUCCAGGAACUAAAUCGAUUUCUGGACACCCCGUGCUACGGCUGUCUGUCUCCAGAUCCCCUUAAACACAUCGGCGUCACAAAAAUGAACAUUAGCACGAGACGGUUUUCUACGUGUUGAUAGCAUGAAUUGUCUUAGUGUAAAUUUUCGAGUAUGCGGUGCGCGCUGGGAAAUAUGGAAUUUCAAGAUGUAACGAGAGUGCUGGACCCCCAAUUAUACGGCCGUUAUAUCUCCAGAUUACAUCAAACACAUCGGCGUCACGAAAAUGCACAUUUAGCACGAGGCGAUUUUUUUACAUGAUGAAAAUAUUAAUUGUCUUGAUGCAAAUCUUCGAUUAUGUGGUGCGCUAUGGGAAAUGAAGGAAUUUCAAGGCUUUAACGGGUGUGCUGGACACCACGUGCUAUGGCUGUCUGUCUCCACAUUCACUCAAACAUAUGAACAUCAGCCAGACGCGUGUGACGAAUGUAUGCACUGUCGAGGGGUCUAGACUGUGGCGAGGGAAGCUUAUAAAAGGAUCAAGAAUGUGUGUGGGUAUGUCUCUCUCUCUCUCUCUCUCUCUCUCUCUCUCUCUCUCUCUCUCUCUCUCUCUCUCUCUCUCUCUCUCUCUCUCUCUCUCUCUCUCUCUCUCUCUCUCUCUGUGUGUGUGUGUGUGUGUGUGUGUGUGUGUGUGUGAUCAACCCCUAAACCCCCUCAGCACACGCGCCUGUCAGCACAAGUCUGAUUUCAACGUCUUAAUCAAUACAUUGAAACAGAAUGUGGUGCGCAGUGUGAAAUGGAGGAACUUCAGGAUGUACCGAAAGUGCUGGACAACCAGUUCUACAACCGUUUAUCUCCAGAUUCUCUCAAACAUAAUGAUGUGACAAAAAUAAAUACCAGUAGAAGACAGUUGAUACGUUUUUGUGUCACUAUGGUUGAUGAUGUGCCGUAGGAAAUGGAGGAAUUUCCGUAAGAAUCUAGAGUGCUGUGCUACGUCGUCUGUGCCCAGAUCCAGUGGAAACUAUUGGCAGAAAAAUGAACAUCGGCAUAAGAUGGAGUAUCAUGUGUUGAUCCUUCUUUCAUUUUGAUAUGUCGAUGGUGUGGUGAGCUGCGAGAAAUGGAGGAAAUCCAGAAAAUAUCUAGAUUGAUGGACACCCCGUGCUUCGGUCGUCUCUCCACAGAUACACCCAAAUACACCAACUUGGCAAAAAUUAACUCCAGAAGAAAACAGUUUUCCAAUUAUUGAUGCUUGUGUAAGCUUUUAUUAUAUAUUAUGACAAAAAUGAAGAUAUCAUAUGGUCACCGAUGUGGUGUACUGUUUUAAAUGGAGGAAUUCCAGAAACUACCAAGAGUGCUGGACAUUCCGUCAUACUGACCAGUCCAUUAGUUAUUAAAUGUAUUUUUAUGAGAGUAUAUUGUAACUUUGUUUAAGGAUGCAUGUCUUCUCUCGGUCGUUUGAUUGUUAUCUUUAAAACACACGCUUCGAAUGGCUUGUUAUUGAUUCGGGAGUUAACACCUUAUGACGUCACACACCGUGACUGCCAUCUUUAUGAGAAGGGGUCACAAUACUCUUUGCUGGUAUAGGUUGCAUGACACCAAAUAAGACAGUUCAAAUAUUUACGGAGUAAAAUCAGCUGAGUCUGUGGUUGGUAGCAAUAUGUGACAUGGAUUAUUUGUGCAUAUACUAUUAUUCAUUGGCAAUAAAUAAAUAAAUACAC